AUGACCAAGAAUAUCGUCGUCCAGUUGCUGAACACGAUAACCUCAGCAAUGGCUGUGUUGCGGAUACAGGAAGUGAGGAGCUCACGUACAAACAGCUUUGGUCUACCGUUGGACUUCCAUCUCUACCAGACCCAGAUAUUGGUCCCACUUCCCACGGGCGAGUCAUUCGGUCAAUCCUUUGGCGGAUUGAGCUUGAUCGUCGACCAGCUAAGCUCCACCUACUAA